CGGCGUUCGAUAUUCCAAGUUUUUUUUCUUUUUCUUUUUCUUUCUUUUAACAAUUGCUCUGGUAUUCUACUGUGUACGAAGCUGUCUGCCGGCCUACUCUAUGGGAAUAUCGUACGUUAAUAGGUAGGUAAGCUUCGGCAGGCACGACGAUUUAGAUCGAGCCCUUCGCUACCAUAUGCCGGGUCAAUGAUCGGCCUCCUCCUGCUAAAUGCUGAACUAUUUAUAUACAGCAGCAACGAAAAAUACGGUCCUGGCAUUCUCUACUUUCCUCUUCGUUUGUUUGUUUCUUUCUUUCUCCCCUUUGGAUCCGAUCUUCUUGUUUUUAUUCUCAUCUUCGUUUUUACAUUAUCAUUCUAUAUACUUAGAUGACAUGAGCGCAUUUUCCUUUCAAGACGAGGCUAAAACCAAACGCAGUGGAAACCCUCACGGCAAAGGAUUUCAACUCGCUCGUAUCGUAUCUUCGGAUAUGAUCUCCCGGCCCCGAACCCCCAAACAUAAAUAUAGUGGCCUAACACCCGUCUAAAUGCGACGAACAUGAUAGUACAGAAAAAGUAAACGCUCCGCAUAUAACAAAAGGAAGGGUAUACGACGCC